GAUUCAAGACCACAACUCUGAUAGCUCUUCGUUGGGCUCCAAGAAGGCGGGAACUCAUCCCGAGUUCAUGAGAAAUUGUCUCCCAAUGGAAUUGAAUCUGCGGAAGGGCGACAAGGUUUGGGUGGAGGAUAAGGAUUUGGCUUGGAUUGCCGGUGAUGUGCUCGAUUCUUUGGAUAAGAAGGUCCAAGUUCAAACUGCUACAGGGAAGAAGGUUUUAGUCUCCCCGGAAAAGCUCUUUCGGAGGGAUCCCGACGAUGAGGAGCAUAAUGGAGUGGAUGAUAUGACCAAGCUGACAUACUUGCACGAGGCUGGUGUGCUUUACAAUCUACAGAGGAGAUACGCUCUGAAUGAUAUAUAUACAUAUACUGGAAGCAUUCUGAUCGCUGUUAAUCCAUUUAAAAAGCUUCCACAUCUCUACAAUAGUUACAUGAUGGAGCAGUACAAGGGAGCACCAUUCGGUGAGCUCAGUCCUCAUGUUUUUGCAGUUUCAGAAGUUGCAUACAGAGCGAUGAUUGACGACAGUCGAAGCCAGUCUAUACUCGUCAGCGGUGAAAGUGGAGCUGGAAAAACUGAGACAACAAAACUAAUCAUGCAGUAUCUUACAUUUGUUGGGGGACGUGCAGCUGAAGAUAAUAGAAGUGUUGAGCAGCAAGUCCUUGAAUCAAAUCCUCUCUUGGAAGCAUUUGGUAAUGCGAAAACAGUUAGAAAUGACAAUUCCAGCCGUUUUGGCAAGUUUGUCGAAAUCCAAUUUGACGCAAAUGGUAGAAUAUCCGGUGCUGCAAUCAGAACCUACCUUCUGGAGAGAUCACGUGUAGUCCGGAUAACAGACCCUGAGAGGAACUACCAUUGUUUUUAUCAGCUGUGCGCUUCCGGGAAUGACGCUGAAAAAUAUAAACUAAGCAAUCCACGUCAAUUUCAUUAUCUAAAUCAAAGCAAGACCUAUGAACUGGAGGGAGUAAGCAACGCGGAAGAGUAUAAGAAUACAAGGAGGGCUAUGGAUAUUGUGGGCAUAAGUCACGACGAGCAGGAAGGGAUAUUCCGCACGCUUGCUGCGAUUCUGCAUCUUGGAAAUGUUGAGUUUUCCGCAGGAAAGGAGCACGACUCUUCAGUAGUAAAGGAUCGGGAAUCUAGAAUUCAUCUGCAGAUGGCUGCUGAUCUUUUCAAGUGUGAUGCAAAUCUUUUGCUGGCUUCACUCUGCACACGUUCAAUUCUGACCCGUGAAGGUACCAUAAUCAAAGCACUUGACUGUAAUGCUGCUGUUACUAGCCGGGAUGCACUCGCGAAGACUGUUUACGCCCGUCUGUUUGACUGGUUGGUUGAUAAGAUUAAUAGGUCUGUUGGGCAAGACCCAAACUCCCGUUUUCAAAUAGGAGUCCUGGACAUUUAUGGCUUUGAAUGCUUUAAGAGUAACAGUUUUGAACAAUUUUGCAUCAAUUUUGCAAAUGAAAAGCUUCAGCAACAUUUCAAUGAGCAUGUAUUCAAGAUGGAGCAGGAUGAGUACAGAAAAGAAGAGAUUAAUUGGAGUUAUAUCGAGUUUAUUGACAACCAGGAUGUCUUGGACCUUAUAGAAAAGAAACCUAUUGGGGUUACUUACCAGACUGAAACCUUUUUGGAUAAAAACCGUGAUUAUACUAUAGUGGAGCACUGCAAUCUGUUGUCUUCCUCCAAAUGCCCUUUUGUUGCUGGACUUUUUCCAUCAGCUCCGGAGGAGUCUACCAGGUCUUCUUACAAAUUUUCUUCUGUAUCUUCCAGAUUUAAGCAACAACUUCAAGCCCUCAUGGAAACUCUCAGCAAAACGGAACCUCACUAUGUUCGUUGUGUGAAGCCAAACUCAUUCAACAGACCUCAAAAAUUUGAGAAUCUUAGUGUUUUACAUCAACUGCGUUGUGGGGGUGUUCUGGAAGCUGUUCGGAUUAGUCUUGCAGGGUAUCCUACACGAAGGAAUUAUUCAGACUUUGUGGAUCGGUUUGGUCUGCUAGCCCCAGAAUUCAUGGAUGAGAGCAAUGAUGAGCAGGCACUGACCGAGAAAAUCUUGAGGAAAUUAGGACUUGGGAAUUAUCAGCUAGGAAGGACAAAAGUGUUCCUUAGAGCUGGUCAAAUUGGCAUUUUGGACUCUAGGCGGGCUGAAGUUCUUGAUGCUUCUGCAAGACUCAUUCAGCGAAGACUGAGAACAUUUGUUACGCAUCAGAACUUCAUCUCUACGCGGGCUUCUGCAAUUUCUAUUCAAGCAUACUGUAGAGGAUGCCUGUCUCGAAAUGCUUAUGCCACCAGAAGGAAUGCAGCGGCAGCAGUUUUGGUACAAAAGUAUGCGCGCAGGUGGCUGUCAAGAUGUGCAUUUUUGAAACUUGUAUCGGCUGCCUUAGUAGUACAGUCUUGCAUCCGUGCUGACUCAGCUCGUGUAAAGUUUGCACAUGAGAAAGAACAGAGAGCUGCUUCUCUCAUUCAGGCUCGUUGGAGAAUGCAUAAGUUCCGUUCAGCAUUCAGGCACCGUCAAUCAUCUAUUAUUGCUAUUCAGUGUUGUUGGCGGCAGAAGCUUGCAAAGAGAGAGUUUAGAAAACUUAAACAGGCCGCUAAUGAAGCAGGUGCUUUGCGAUUAGCUAAAACUAAACUUGAGAAGCGGUUAGAAGAUCUUGAAUGGCGGUUGCAGCUGGAGAAACGAUUGCGAACGAGUGGUGAGGAGGCCAAGUCAGGUGAAAUAUCCAAGCUUCAGAAAACAUUGGAAUCCUUCAGCCUCAAACUAGAUGCAGCUAGGCUGGCUACCAUUAAUGAGUGCAAUAAGAAUGCAGUACUUCAAAAGCAACUAGACAUAUCCAUGAAGGAGAAGGCUGCUGUUGAAAGAGAACUUAAUGGAAUGUUUGUACUGGAAAAAGAUAACACUUCGUUGAAGAAUUCGAUGAAUUCCUUGGAAAAGAAGAAUCAGGCUCUGGAGAAGGAGCUUCUCAAUGCUAAAACCGAUUGCAAUAACACACUACAGAAGUUGACAGAAGCUGAAAAAAAAUGUUCUGAACUCCAGACGAGUGUUCAAAGUCUCGAGGAGAAACUCUCUCACCUGGAGAACGAGAACCAUGUCUUGAGGCAGAAGACAUUAAGUAUAUCCCCAGCGAGAAUAGGACAGACACUUGGGGAAAAACACUCUAGUGCUGUUGUACCAGCCCAGAAUGACAAGAGGUCUGUUUUUGAGACACCCACACCUUCGAAGCACAUCAUGCCUUUUUCACAUAGCUUGUCAGAGUCACGUCGAUCCAAAUUCACUGCAGAAAGAAACCUGGAGAACUACGAAUUGCUCUCCAGAUGCAUAAAGGAAAAUUUGGGAUUCGAUGAUGAUAAGCCACUUGCUGCUUGUGUAAUAUACAAAUGCCUUCUGCACUGGCACGCCUUUGAAUCUGAGAGCACAGCCAUAUUUAACAUCAUUAUCGAGGGAAUUAAUGAAGCACUUAAGGGUGGAGAUGAGAACAGUGUAUUACCGUAUUGGCUUUCAAACUCUUCAGCACUUCUAUGCCUCUUGCAGAGAAAUCUCCGGUCGAAUAGUUUUAUAAAUGCUAGUGCUCAGCGUUCUGGGAGGGCUGCAUAUGGACUUAAGUCUCCUUUUAAACUUCAUGGACCCGACGAUGGUGCUUCACAUAUAGAAGCAAGAUACCCUGCAAUAUUAUUUAAGCAGCAGCUGACAGCAUGUGUGGAGAAGAUUUAUGGUCUAAUUCGUGAUAAUUUGAAGAAAGAAUUAUCACCGCUUCUUGGACUAUGCAUUCAGGCGCCCAAAGCUUCACGAGGGACUUCUGGAAAAUCCUCUAGAUCACCAGGUGGUGUGCCGCAGCAAUCACCGAGUAGUCAAUGGGAAAAUAUACUUAAAUUCUUGGAUUCUCUUAUGUCCCGCCUACGCGAAAAUCAUGUACCCUCGUUCUUCAUUCGGAAACUUGUGACUCAGGUUUUCUCAUUUAUCAACCUAUCGCUUUUCAACAGUCUUCUCCUUCGACGUGAAUGUUGUACAUUUUCGAAUGGGGAAUAUGUGAAAUCUGGGAUUUCAGAGCUGGAGAAGUGGAUAGCCAGUGUCAAGGAGGAGUUUUCAGGAACAUCUUGGCACGAGUUAAAUUACAUUAGACAAGCUGUUGGAUUCUUGGUCAUACACCAGAAAAGAAAAAAGUCACUGGAUGAAAUCAGGCAGGACCUAUGCCCGGCAUUGACAAUAAGGCAAAUAUAUCGAAUAAGUACGAUGUACUGGGAUGAUAAAUAUGGAACUCAAAGCGUCUCAAGUGAUGUGGUUUCUCAAAUGAGGGUACUUGUUGACAAAGAUAGCCAAAAACUAACAUCCAAUUCGUUCUUGCUGGAUGAUGAUAUGAGCAUUCCUUUCUCUGCAGAAGAUAUAGACAAGGCUAUUCCAGUUUUAGAUCCAUCAGAAAUAGAACCACCAAAAUUUGUAUCAGAGUAUACAUGUGCACAGUCCCUUGUGAAGAAACCAUCCACAGCUUCAGUCCCAAAGCAGAUCAUU